GCCACCUGCGCCGAAGUCCACGAGUCCUUGGUCUACGACCUCUGCUGGCAUGUCUUCGAGAAGCGACAAGAAGGCAUUGCGGCUCCCCCCUUGCUCAUCAGUUGCGGCGGGGACGGCCGAAUGCUGAUCCACGAGGUGCCAGAGGAUUUGGUCCCUGUGCCGGGCUUGGGAGCCCCGCGAUUGAAGCUCCACGCACGAGUGACCUUGCCAAACCACGUCUACUCUGCCAGGCCCUACUUGGCGCUCUCCUCGGACCCCCGAUGCCUGGUGAUGGUGGCUGGCCACAAGGGCGGUGUCUCCCUCUGCCAGGUGUCACGCGAGCUGAAGAUAGCCGACUCUGGCUUUGGCAGUAGCUGGGUCGCCUACACGCCGCAGACGGUUCAGGUCCCCUUCCAGGCCGUCCGGCCCGCUCAGGGAGCCUCGCAGCCUGAUGUGCUUUGUGUGCGGUUCUCGACGCAAGCGAACUCCUUGGACAACGUCUACGUCAGUGAUGAUGCCGGGCACCUUCUGCUUUUCCAGAUGCGCAACGACGUCAGCGCAGGCGUCUCAGCGAGUCUCGUGCGCAGCUACGCGAGCUCCGAGCUGACUGGUACCGCCAUCCACUCCUUCGAGAUCGUCACCAAGCAGUUGCUUCAGGGUCGACGCAUCACUUCCGUUCAGGCCUCGAUGUCAGACGACUGGGCCCUGCUCUUCGCAAGGGACCACACCAUACGCUUGGCCUCACUGCAACGAGGCGUGCUGAAAGUGGAGCAGAAGAUGCUUGGCCUGGAAAGUGGUAGCUAUCCGGUGCGGGGAACCCUGUCACCGGAUGGAGCCUAUGUGGCUUGCGGCAGUGAAACCGGCGAGCUCUUGUUCUGGACCUCAAAGGAUGGCAAGCCCGUAAUGCCCCCUGGGGUGCCCCAAGUACGCUUAGCUGGACCGUUGAUGGACACGAUUUGGUCCGACCGGCAUCAUCUCAUCGCCUGCUGUGCCUUGGAUGGCAGCGCGCUACCUCUCUUAGCCUUUGUCGGCGAGGCAAAGGCCGAGAAGACCAGGGAGACGCAGGAGGAUGCGAUCCCUCACCGCCCGCCACCUCUGACAGCCUCCGCUCCGGAAGUGCGCCAGCAGGCUGAGCUGUCGGCGCUUGCCAUCUCUGGCAUUUCAACCGCCAUCGACUCCGACUACAAGAGGUGGGCGGACAAUUGGAUCAACUCCAACGAGAACCCGCGCUCUGCCAUUGCGCUGGAAGAAAAGAGGCGGAUCAAGGAGAACAUACUCCUCAACAUCCUGGACAAGAAGGGCGUCGAAGAAGCUCAGAGCCACCUCGCCACCGCGCGCACGCUGCCCGGGCCCAUGUGA